AUGCCGUUGGUGCCACUUUCUGCCUUUGCUUUUGCUUUUGUUUUUGUGUCUGCUUUUGCUUUUGCUUUCUACCAUCACUGCUAUUAUUACAAAACAUACCGCCACCCUAUCCACCACCACAUGGCCAACAACAAUAGUCCUCACCACCCUCCUGGAAAUAGUCCCCGUCACAAUUCGCAUUUCAUUUCCUCUAAUUACCAUAUUCCUCGUCCCUGUGAUGAUUCGUCGUUAAGCAGCACAGUCCCUUCACAUGUGGAUUAUCUUUCACAUCGUUGGCAAGAUGAAGAAGAACUUGCUGCCACUUGGUGGUGUCUUGCCGCACAGCGCGCGGCGCUAUCACCUCCGCUACCUCCUGCUAGAGCAGCCAGGUUGGCCAAUGCAUGUUGGCGUACAUGGGCCCAACAACGUAAUAGGUUGAACACUGUGCCACCUGCCACUAUCAAUUGGGCCAAGGAUUCCGAUGUGACUUGGCUCUAUGGGCCCGCACUUACUUCUCAAGGCAUUACACAAAGUGAUACACCAAGUGCUACGCAUGAUGAUACGUGUAGGGGAACCAUCACGACGAAGACCACCACUACUCGUCAGGUUCCAAGACCUAUUCUUAAGGCGAGACCCAUGAGACAAGCCAUACGGGAAGCCUCCGUGUGGAAGUUGCGUAGACGGAGAGAUAGACAGAUCAGUACACGUCUAAGAAUGUUGAUUCGGGCUAAUUCUGCCCAGGGGACGUGUACUGUGGAAGAUUCAGAUUCAGAUGUAGAAUCUCAACUGGAUUCUCAGCUGGAUUCUCAAUUGGAAUUUCAAUCAGAUUCACUCUCACAUUCGCUUUUACAUUCACUUUCGAAUUCGUUUUCAAACUCCCCACAACCACGCCAUGUUCGAUUUGAUGAAGAAGUCGUUCAAUGUAUUGCUGUGUCUGCAGAAUCCUCGGUCCCCAAAUUGGCUCGCAGUAUCCUACCGUUACCAAGUACAUCUCUUGUCUAUUCUGACUCCGAUUCAGAAUCGUCUGGCUUCUCUUCCGAUUUCGAUUCAGAUUCCGAUUUCAAAGACGAGUGUCCCUUGGGUCAAUACCCUGGCGGCUCUCUCACUAGAGUCUCACCCACAGAACUCUCCACUGCAAUCUCCACCGCCCUUUCCUCCCCAACACAAGAAUGGGAUUGUAAUUCAUUCGUGGAUUCCAACUACAUAUAUACAAAACAAACCGAUAUCGUCACUCCUGCCCCAGGCUACGAUGUUGUCGACAUCCCAGCAAACAUAGAUCUCCAAACUUUGAUUGGAUCUGCAAUUGUCGCUCCUCCAGAUAUUCCUGUUGUUGUCAACGAUGACCCUUUAUUGCAUAGCGAUGGUUCAAGACAAAAACUAAGAGGAGCUUUCCUAUUGCAUGCUGAUUCAGAUUCAGAUUACUAA